AUGCAAGCCCGAGCGCAUCUCCAUCAACAUCAACAUCUGACAUCCCAUCGUCCAAGCAAAGCAAGCCCCAGCACGUCACCCUCGAGUUCCCCAUCUGCCAACCCAUCUACAAACCCUUCCACAAUUCCCAGCACGGCUCCCUCGAGUUCCCCAUCGACCAUGCCAUCCACAAAUCCCUCUGCAAACCCCUCUCCAGAGCCUUUCCCACCAACACAGGUGGUAGGCUUUCGGUUGAUCGAUGCAGACAAAGUAGGUGCAGCUGCAGUGAUUCGGGAUAUUGAUACACCCUCAGAUACGCUCAGUUUGGGCCUUCUACCACCAAACCUGAGCAUCAGGGCAGAUACCAACCCUCCGAAUGUUGACGGCGUCGUGUUCGUUGUCGAUGGCGCCGUAUACAAGACAGAGUAUUGUAUUCCCUUUUCACUGGGAUCCAACUUUGCCUGUGCUGGGGAGAAUUCUGCAUACAAGAUAGUGCAUUGGUUGCGGAAUCCUGGCGUGGUAACUAUCUCAGCAAGGCCGUUCUGGUUAGGCGAAGAUAAUGUUAUGAUUUUUGGGACCAAUCUGCAAACGACUCUGACGAUUGAAGCAGCACCAUCAUCUGCACCUUCGAGAGCUCCGUCGAUAGCUCCGACAGAUCCUCCCACGGAACCUCCAACAGACGCUCCCUCAUCCUCACCUUCGAGAGCUCCUUCGAUCGCUCCAACAGACCCUCCCACGGAACCUCCGACAGACGCUCCAUCAUCCUCACCUUCGAGAGCUCCGUCGAUAGCCCCGACAGACCCUCCCACGAACCCCCCCACAACGUUAUUGGAGGGGGUUGGUGGUGGCGCCGGUGGAGUCCCAUGA